AUGAGAAGGUCCGACUCGCAGAACAAUCGCGGCAACGGCAAAAGCUGCAGCAAGUACUCGGGCAAACGUCGGUGUGGAAACUCCGGCCAGAAGCAAAAUCGAUACCAAAGACAACGCCAAAUUAAGAAGAAAAAGGACACAGUCAAGAAGAAUCAGACUAGGCGACAAGGUACUCGCUCGAAUCAUCAAGGCCGGGAUAACGAAAACGGCAACGAUAGUGCCUCUGUCACAACAGAGAACCACAGCGAUCGCAUUUACGACGCACUAGGAAUCUACAGGCAUAGCUCGGAUUGUCAGGAGGAUACCAGCUCGCCAGUGGUCGCGCUGUCUUCGACAAUCUUCGGGGGUUCAGAUCCGGUCGGAAAUGAGAGUUUUGGAUCACCGCGUUCGCAACAAGAUAUCAACUCUUUUACACCACUGAGCGAUCCAAUCGAGAUUGAAGAGCAGGAAGCAUCUGAACAAGGAGACCGAAUUGGAUUCGAAGGGGUAGGCCACGAAGCAGAUUCAGCACAAAGCAGUGACGGAGGGUCCUGUCCUGUACUUGAGAGUGAGGAACGGAGUCACAACUCAGACGAAAUCCUUCACAGUCCCCAUACACCAGGCAAUCUAACCAGAAGCAGCUGCGGCUCGACCAGUGAUUUCCCAGCAUACAGUACUCCGGACUCGCCGUUGAAGGAAGCCAAGGACCAAGAUAGCAACGUUCUGCCGGAUAGCGGAAGCUGUUCCUCUGUUACAUCUUUACCGGAAGCAUAUUCACGAGAGACCACACCUAGCGAGCCGGGGAGUGAUUACUCUAGCCACAACGCCACUUCAACAUUUUCAGAUCCUCACACUGCCGACAAAGUUGAUAGCGAAAACGAAGCCGAAACACAAGAACGAGGACUUGACAACGAAGGCAGUCCCGCUGUUCGUUCGCCCAGCGUAUAUUCACUUAGCAAGGACAGUACCUCUGCUUUAGCCGAGGGAGAACCCAUCCAGUACCUCGAUCGGGAACCGGCGAGCCCGCAGAGCCCAGAGCUUGGCAGUGCUCCAAGGUCUCGUGCUCAGAGCUUCUGCUCAGCCCAAAGCCGCCUUGCCUCCAAUGCUCCACAUCCUUCCAAGGACGAGGAGUACCACGUGGGUGUCCACGACCAAGACUUUCGGAGUGUAUCCAGUAGCCGCCCGCAGAGUGUUCAGUUGAGGCGCAGCUACAUCGCAAGCGGCCUUUACGAGUCACAGCAGCCUCCCGACAUUCAGAACUCUCACCAAGAAUUCUGCGAGCAAGACUGUCAAACUGCUCCAAAUGCCCUCCCUCAAAGCCCCCACUCAAUCUACUCCCAGCUAAGUCCAAGCCUGCAUCCUGAGGGAGUCGACGAGUUUGAAAUCCAAAGAGUAUCUGACGGCAGAGUUUUGCAUAGUGGUGCAGGCACCCGCUCCCUCAGCCUCUCCUCUACAGGUAGCAGCCAGAACUCAGAAACACCUCGGACAGGACCUCCCCACAGUGAGGAAGACCAACACACACAAGGACAAGACUGGACGCAGAUACCGCAAGACAAGGAAAGCACUUACUCUUCUCACAGUCCACGUCCUAUCAGUCCCUCUUCCUCUGGAAUUUCCACGAGAACGCCACAGGCCGCCGCUGCGUCUCCCACUUCAGAGAGUGGGCGAGCUCUUCCCCCGCCACUCCAUCCCGAUAGCCCGCCGUUGAGCCAUCCUAACCCAUCAAAGUCGCUUUGUAUGAGUCCGAACGGUGAGGACAACAACGACAUUGCACCUGAUAAUCCACCCCCUCGAACUCCGGAUUUCCCCGUCCAGGACAAUUUACGACGAAGUUCGGUAGUCUCUGCUUUGCCAUCAGAGCCCGAGGCAAACUGCAUUCCUCAAACUGUGUUUCCAUUUUCAGGCGCAGCAAGCGUGAGAAGCCCAAGUAUUUGCUCUGAUUUUGGUCCCCCAGACUCGGCAGAAGACGCCAUAAUUGUAAGAAGCCCUGAGGAACAGGUACACAUCACAAGCCCAGGUGAGCAUUACGGAGAAGGAGCACAGGCAGAGCUCGUGAACAACGACGAUAGCCUACCUGGGACGAGGAAGGUUCACGACGAUACGGAGGACCACCUGGCAUCAAGACACCCGAAACAAGAGUUGUCGUAUCAUACACGACAGCAGGGCAACAUAGAGCACAUGGGUCAGCCACUCAGCACUCCCAGCGUGGAGACAUCUCCCUCGCCCGCAGCCGGCCCAGCAGGGGCACCUGCUACAGUAGUAGCUAGGUCGCCAUCUACUGCUUCCUCCGGCGUGAUUGCCACUCAGAGACAAAACCCAUUGCCGAGAGCAGGAGAGGCUGUAGUAGCAGAGCCUGAGGAUCGACAAUCGCCUGCCGAGCGGAGUGGACCAGAGAUGAACGAAGGGGCAGGCGCGGGAGUGGUUGACCAAGGAACUUCGGCUGGCCCGGGCCCGGCAACACAAACACAAGGAACCAUGACCUCUGCGCCAGAUACUCGCGAUGAAGCAAACACGUCAUCUGCGGAGAAUGGCAUGUCAGAUGUCCAAAGGCCUCGGAACGCCUUGAAUACUCGGCCAAACUAUGCCGAUGGCGGAACCCAAACGGAAGUCUCGAAAAGUCGUUCCAUGGCCCGUCUCAAGAGAUUCGCGAAAUGGCUCUGGAAACACAAACUCGACAUCCUGUUAGGCCUAGUGUACAACCUGGGCCUCGUCAACUUCACCAUCAACACCUAUACUCUGAAAGCUUGGUGGGGAGUGCUAUCCAAUGGUGGCAGAACGGCUCUCAUGGCGCCCUGUUUCAUGUUCUUUGUCGACCUGGCCUGCAUUAUCCUCGUCAUGCUCAGCGUUCAUGAGCGCAGCGAUACACUAAAGAUCUGGAUAGCAUUCCUCGAGAGUGCGCUCAUCUGCUGCUAUGUUCCUCUGGCAAUCUUUCUCCCCAUCAAAAGAUUUGUCCACAAGGACUACGAAUGGAGCUGGGCGCAGUCUGGAGGAAAGAGCCAACUCAAGGGCCGGGAGUUGAGCGCUUUCCAAUCUGCCUGGAACUGGACCCUGGUCAGCACCGAUAUCUUGGGUCUGGUUUGCCUGGUUCUCGCCUUCGGACCGUGUCUCCUCAAGAUUUGUCUGGCGAUUGGACGAUCCGCCCAAAGAGUGUUGGGAAGAAAGGUGCCGCAGGAAGCCCAGCGGCCUCGAAACGAGUCCGAUUCACACGCGGCUAAUGCUGCACAGGUGUAGACACCAAGCAGCGACACAUUUUCGAGAGUAUCACCAUAUGUUCGGUGGUUCUACACAACCGGAACACCACCUACGACUUUGACGGUAGCUCAAGACACAACAAGCCUAUAGAUGAGAUGGAAAUACUCGUGUGUGAAUUUGACGCAAGUUUUUGGCAUUUGGAUUCUUUUACUGCGUUCAUGGGUAGCAUGCUUUGUGUAUGUUAUUUACAGGCUUGAUCUCCAAUACAUG